CGCUCAUGGUAGCAACACGGGUUUCCUAAAGCUAACAAACCCUAAGACUCAGCCACUGGUUUAUAAAAGACGCGGCAGUGUAAGGUGUCCCCAGUCUGCUGCUGUCCUGAAAACUCUUACACAAGUUGAUGACACAGGUGAGCAGAGUGCUGGUGUUGCCUAGCGAUGACACCCAACGUUCAUGAUCAGCCGAGCGUGAGAUGCAGUAGUCCGAAUAUGGAAGAAUAUUUCCCCCGCCAGAUGAGGAAGUGGGAAGGCCGGAGAGCGUCGUGUUGUGGGCAGUGUUGACACCUUCCUCACCCUGGAUUAUUGUGUACCAGCGGACUCACUCAAGUCUAGAGGUCGAGAAAAAGAUAUAUGGUAUUGACGUUGACUGAGACUACUAAGUGACUGAAAGUGAAGUGAACUGAAUGAUUUGGCAACAUAAGUCACAUGUUAUAUAGUUGAAGCAAAACAUUUGAUGUAAGAAAGUACCGAACCUAAACUAUUCAUAACGAUAAUCUCGCUCCAUCGCGAGUGAUUUCGAUGCGCGUGCAGUAGUGAUCUGUUGACGUGGCGACAUGAUCGAUAGGAGCCGUCAGGUGAUGGAGGGGUACCAGGAGCAGCGUCGCGACGACCCUUCCACCGACACCAACAACAACACCAGGAACACUAGGUCAGGGGAGAAGUACGCCCUACGACCCAGGACCAUCAUUAAGAGGCUACAACACGAAAUAAUCCGCAAGGAAGUUCCCAAGAGGUCACCAAGGUCUAAGACGAGGCCAGCGCCGUUAUCAAAGUACCGGAGGAAAACUGCUAAUGCUCGAGAACGUCAUCGCAUGAAGGAAAUAAACAACGCGUUCGAGUCCCUGCGUAAGGUUCUCCCCGACGCAAUGGAAGUUCACACCAGCUCAUCGUCAAUGACCAAGAUCACGACCCUCCGUCUGGCUGUGGAUUAUAUCAGAGCUCUCUCACAUGUCCUGGAAGACACCAGUGAUGCAGACCUCUGUACCAUCCAGAGCACAUUACAAAGUUCUAUACAGGACUCAUUGCACAGCUCCCUACAAGAGUCACUACAACAAUCCUUCCAGUAUUCCCUGCAGAAGAUAACUCCCUCUUCAGGUAGCUUGAUGACGACCUUCCAGUACCAGCACUCCACCUCUCAUCUCCCCCAGCAGCACCUGCCCCAGUAUCCUCAGCUGCUGGGGUACUGCACCACCCCCAGCACUGUCUCCCUCACCAGCUCGCCCUGCGCCGAUCGAAAAUCCCUGGGCAGUGCCAGUGACCUCGAGGAGCUCCUCUCUGACGACUCUGGACUCCUGGAGGACAACCUCGAUGUCUUCCACGACAUCCCAACCUUAGCUGUAGCUGACCCAUUUGAAAUUCUCCUCGUGUCUGAGAAGGACGGCGGUUUGUCCUUCACCUCGGAGUUAUGUAACUGAGAAGUGAACUCUUAAGUUUCUUGACUUAGUGAUGAAUAUUUCUACAGGAAAUAGGUUAAUCACCGUGCUGAUAUGAAGGUGCUCCCAUUUUAAGUUUACGUCCGUACACCGUGUUGUUGAGUGUGACGCACAUGUUCGUGUGUGUGAAGACAUUCUCUCUCCUACUCUGUUGACGGAUACUUCACAAAGAGAAAUGACGGCUGUUGAAUAUUCAUAAAGUCGUCCUGUGUUUUGCAUAUUCUGUCAGUUACCUGUCCGGUGAUGUCAUGCAAGAGAUCACAGGACCUCAGGUGGAGUGAGCUGCCCCAGUGCCACCACAAGCAGGCGAUGCUAGUCUAAUACCAGUGCCAUAAAGUGCCAUUCCUGUAAUGUCCACCAUGAUGUUGAAUUGUGAUACAUGACAACUCACUCUUGCACAACUUGGUGUCAUUGAGUAUCAUGUAAAAUCAUGAAAAUUCAAAAAUAAUUUAAAACAUGUAAAUAUAUGUAAAAAGGAUUAUUUUUCAAUAUAAGUUUUCAAGAUUUUGUGUGAUUGA